AUUUGAUUAGCGGUAAAAAAAGUGUGCUAUUUUCCCAAUUAUACAGAGGAAGAGGGCGGUUAGAUCAACAAAUUAGGAAAGAGGAGCGGAGUGAAUUUUCAUAAAGUGAAGAGGAAUGGCUAUGUUUGCCUCAAAUCUCUCCAGCGAGAUUGGGUUAAAAUUGCUUCUUAGCCCUCUUAAUACUAAUGUUGUUGUCCGCACUGCAUGCUGUUCUGUGGCGAUUGUUUUGCCUGUUUAUUCUACCUUCAAAGCAAUUGAGAUGAGGGAUAAAAAGGAGCAACAGAAAUGGCUUAUGUACUGGGCAGUAUAUGGAUCUUUCAGUAUCGUCGAAGCAUUCACGGAUAAAUUUCUCUACUGGUUCCCACUAUACUAUCAUGUGAAGUUCGCAUUUCUUGUUUGGCUUCAACUUCCAUCUUCUGAUGGUGCUAAGCAAUUGUACACGAACCAUCUGCGCCCUUUCCUCAUGAGACAUCAAGCAAGACUGGAUCAUAUUUUGGAGUUAUCUCAUGGAGAAUUGGAUAAAUUUAUUAGCACCCACCAAUCAGAAAUCCAAUUUGCAAAGGAGCUUCUUGGCAAAACUUUAUUAUCAGUUGGGAGUAUACUGCAACAACCAACGCAAGGACGAGUUGUUGGUACAAUUGAAGGGCCAGCAGACCAAGUCGAGACUUCAGAGUCAGAAGAUGAAUCAUGAUGCCUUUUUCAAAAUCAGAUUAAGUGCCUUCUCUCUGUCGUAUUCAUAUCUACUAGUUUAGCUUUCGUUCAUUUUCUCACUGCAUCUUUGAUGUAAAAAGAGAUAGAAGUGAUCAGUGUAUACAUAAUUUUCUAAGGAGUCAAUCUUGUUAUGGGUUUGUUGGUUUCCUUGUUAGUUUUCCUGUAAAUAUUAAUCGACAAAAAGUGCUGAUUCUGUUCAAUCUCAUGGGGCAUUAUAAGGUUUGCUUUU